AUGGAAAAUCAAUCUAAUCGUCCGCAUCGACCUGCAAAAGUUAAAAAGAAACAAUCAGGUAGCCAAAAUCCGAAAGCUUUUGCUUUCGCGAAUCCAGGUAGACUCGCAAAAACAGCAGCUCGAUCGCACGAUAUAAAAGAGAAGAGGCUACACGUGCCUCAAGUUGAUCGCAUCCCCGAAGAUCCUCCGCCGCGUCUUGUCGCAAUUGUCGGCCCUCCUGGAGUUGGUAAGACGACUCUUCUAAAGUCCCUUGUAAAACGCUAUGCAAAGGAAACACUAUCUGAACCUCUGGGACCUAUCACUGUCAUAACAUCAAAACGUCAGCGCUUGACAUUUUUAGAAUGUCCCAAUCAACUGGAAGCGAUGGUCGAUAUCUCGAAGGUGGCAGACAUAGUCUUACUUAUGAUUGAUGGUAACUUUGGAUUUGAAAUGGAGACCAUGGAGUUCUUAAAUAUAUUAUCGACAAGCGGCAUGCCCGGAAAUGUUUUUGGAAUUCUAACUCACCUAGAUCUUUUCCAGAAACCGCAGACGCUCAAAGAUGCUAAGAAACGCCUCAAAAAUCGGUUUUGGAGUGAAUUAUACCAGGGAGCCCACUUGUUCUACAUUUCUGGUGUUAUUAAUGGACGCUACCCUGACCGUGAGAUUCAUAACUUGUCACGAUUUAUCUCCGUCAUGAAGAAUUCAAGGCCCUUGAUAUGGCGAAACUCUCAUCCCUAUUCUGUAAUAGACAGUUUCCGAGACAUAACACAUCCCACCAAGAUUGAAGAAGAUCCUAAAUGUGAUCGUACGGUAGUCUUAUCUGGCUACCUCAGAGGGACUAAUUUCGCAGCUCAGGGGCAAAGAGUUCAUAUACCAGGUUUAGGGGACUAUUCUGUAUCUGCUAUCGAAGCUCUACCUGAUCCUUGUCCAACACCAUAUAUGGACCAAACUAUAGCGAAGGCAUCUGGAAAGACUGGAAGAAGGAGACUUGAUGAGAAAGAAAAAAAGCUACACGCUCCCAUGUCAAGCAAAAGUGGGUUAAAGAUAGAUGGGGAUACAAUCUGGAUAACUAGAGAGAAAGGAUUCAAUUUCGACACUGAGGCGCUGGACGAGGACCAUGGUGAAGGUGAAGAGCUGAUAAUUAAUCUCCAGAAAGAAAGAAAACUUCUGGGUCAAACAGAAGAAGGAGUGAAACUCUUCAAAGAUGGAGCCCUCAUUGUAGACAAAGCCGAAUAUAACAAUGUCGGGCGUAAGCAACCACGUUCAGCCCGAUUCUUAGAACUAGAUGACCAUGACCUCAACUCAAGCACUGAACGCGACGGUGCCAAUAUUAAUGAUAUUGAUAACGGAGACUAUAAUGUGGAUUAUGACUCACGGUCUGAUAAUAGCGAUGAACUUUCCUCUGUAGAUGAAACAGAAAUCACACAGGACAAACUUGGGAGAUCAUUUCAAGUGUCUAGAGAUGAUAUCAUAGAAGAAAUGGAAUUUGCCGACAGUGAUUCUGACCUCGGAUCAAUAUCUGGAAAAAGUGUUGAGAUUGAAGAUGAAGAACAAGGAGACUAUCAAGCCUCAUCUGUCCGUUGGAAAAGUAAAAUGAGUUCUGUGCAGAGAUACCACGCUAAAAAACGGUUAUUAUGCUCUAAGGAUUUAUCAAAGCUUAUAUACAAUGAGUCGCUAAGCCCUUCAGAAGUCUCAAGGCGAUGGAGAGGCGAAUUUGAAGAAGAAAAAGAAAGUAACAGCGAUCUCCCUGAACAGGAUGACGAGGAUGUUUUCUUCUCCAAGGCCGAGUUAAAAUCACUGGAUACCAAUGAAGAUAGAGCGAUACCAAUAAUAUCCUAUGAAGAACUGGAAGCUAAGUGGUCGGAUGCAACUAAUCUAGAUGCAUUACGAAGACGUUUCACAGCCACUGAUCUCCUACAGCAUGAACAGUCAAACGGCGAAAGUGAUGAUGAGGGUGACGGGGAAUUUCAUGAUCUAGAAGCUGAUGGAGAAGGAAAACAUGACAAUUUAGAUGUAGAACGAGAGAAGAAUGCUCGGCGCAAAGAAGAACUCAAACUUCGCUUUGAGGCUGAGGAUGAAGAGGGUUUGAACAAUGACAAUGCCAUUUCUCGCCGGAACGGCGUUGAGGACGAAGAAUUUGGAGAGGAUGACUGGUAUGAUGCCCAAAAGGCACAAAUUCAAAAACAGCUCAGCAUCAACAAGGCUGAAUUUGAAAUCUUGGAUGAUAGUCAACGAGUAAAUAUAGAAGGGUUCCGAGCAGGUCAGUACGCAAAGAUUAUUAUUGGAGGAGUCGCAUCUGAGCUUGUUACGAUGUUUGACCCGAAAACUCCGUUGAUUGUAGGUGGCCUCUCCGCUACAGAAGACCGAUUCGGUUUUUUGCAGGUACGUAUCAAGCGCCAUCGAUGGCACAAGAAGAUACUCAAAACAAACGAUCCACUUAUAUUUUCGUUAGGAUGGCGUCGCUUCCAGACGCUUCCUGUUUACUCCAUAUCGGAUUCACGGGUUCGGAACCGGAUGCUGAAGUAUACACCCGAGCACAUGCACUGCUUCGGAACAUUCUACGGACCUCUCAUCGCUCCCAACACAGGCUUCUGUUGUUUUCAAUCUUUCUCAUCCAAAAGUCCAGGAUUCCGCAUUUCAGCAUCUGGUACUGUCCUUCACGUUGAUGAAGUUUCUGAGAUAGUAAAAAAGCUUAAAUUGACCGGUACGCCAUAUAAAAUUUUUAAAAAUACUGCAUUCAUCAAAGACAUGUUCACAUCAUCUGUAGAAAUCGCUAAAUUUGAGGGUGCGGCAAUAAAGACUGUUUCCGGAGUGAGAGGACAGAUCAAGAAAGCGCUCAGCAAACCCGAGGGCCAUUUUCGCGCUACGUUUGAAGAUAAAAUAUUGAUGUCCGACAUAGUCUUUCUACGUACUUGGUAUCCCGUGAAACCACAUCGUUACUUCAAUCCGGUAACGAACCUGAUUGGAUGGAACGGUAUGCGCUUGACGGGUCAGAUACGUAAAGAUGAAGGAUUGCCAACCCCCCAGCUGCGCGAUAGUCAGUACAAACCUAUUGAACGCGUAAAACGUGUCUUUAAUCCGCUUCGAGUCCCUAAGACUCUAGCGGCUGAGCUCCCUUACAAGUCUCAAAUUGUGCAAAUGCAGAAACAGCGACGGGAAACUUACAUGCAAAAGCGUGCUGUGGUAUUGGGCGGCGAGGAAAAGAGUGCGCGCGACCUUAUGCAAAAGCUAAUGACUCUCCGGCAGGAAAAAAAUUCCAAGCGACAGGCGGCCAAGGAGGCGCAUCGCGCUGUUUACCGGAAGAAACUUGCUGAGAAUGCGGAGAAGCGCGAAGAGCGGGAGAAGCGAGAAAAACAGGAGUACUGGAGCAAGGAAGGCAAGAAGCGCAAGCCCGAGAGUGGGCCUGAUGGUGGCGCUAAGCGCCGGCGCUGA